CAGGAAUCACUCGACUCUGUAUCAAUCUUCAGGAAAGCUAGGGUUUUCUCUCUCUUCUACUCUACUCUACUGGCGAAGAAGUGAAAGCAGCUUUCCCUAAGCGUAGCCCCUCUCUCCCUUCGUCUUUGAUCAGCUCAGGUACAGUAAGGUAUUCCUGAAGAGCCGCGGAGGUGUACUCUUGCCAUAUUGUUAGAAAGACUUAUGGAACGUCAGGGUCAUGAUUAUGCAGCUGCAUCUGCUAUGGCAUAUGCUCAGCAACAGAGACAAGCGGCUAAUAUGCAACAGCAGCAGCAGUUUGGAUUUCAUCCUCAGCAUCAACAGUUUCCUUCAUCAGUGCAUGGUCCUCCAUUUAUACCCCCAGGUCCUGGUCCCGCACACCCCUCCAUUCAACAGUUCCCUUAUCAUCAUGGGCUGCAGCAACAGCCACAACUUCAACAGUUACACCCUCAUGGCCCUCCCCCACCUCAUCUUCUUCUUCAGCAGCAGCACCAAACACAACCUGCAUUCCCUUCUCAUUAUCCUCCUCCACUUGUUCCAUCACCUUUUUAUGAUUCUGCUCCACCCCCAGUUGCUCCCCCUUCUGAUCCCGAGCUCCACAAGCGAAUUGACAAACUUGUUGAGUAUGCUGUGAAAAAUGGCCCUGACUUUGAAGCCAUGAUAUGUGAAAAGCAACGAGAUAAUCCUUCCUAUAGUUUCCUCUUUGGUGGGGAGGGCCAUGGUUACUACCGUUACAAGCUUUGGUCAUCAACACGUCCCCCAGGUGGUCCAUUUAGCCCACCUUUUCCACCAUCUUCUGUGCCCAUGAUCCAUCCUCCUCCAAAUCCAAUGAUGAGCCCAUCUCCUCUAAAUGCUCCCCCAAUGAAUGCUGCAGGAAUUGGUUCUUCACCUUCAAUGCUAGGUCCACCUCCUUUCCAACAAUUCUAUGAUCAACACCACCAUCAACAUCCUCAGUCUUUUGGGCUUCAUGGUCGGCCUGAGUAUGAUCAGUCAUCCAAGUCUUUCAAAGGGCUCUCUGGGCCACUUCCAUCUGAUGUAGCAAUGGAGCUCGGUAAUGUUCUUAACAAUCUCAAUGGCACAAAAGAAUCAAUUAAAGGUGCCAAACUUUGGUUCAUGCAGAGAUCUCCAUUUGCACCAGCUCUAGCAGAGGCUCUUAGAGACAGGGUCUUUGCAUUGGAUGACGUUGAGAGACAGUUACAUAUAAUAUACCUUGCCAAUGACAUUCUUUUUGACAGCUUGAAUCGAAGGACAAGCAGUCAUGACCUUGACAAUGAAGCCUUUGCGUUUAAGCCUGUUUUAGGCUCAAUGCUUGCAAGAAUUUAUCAUAACCCACAAAGCAAUGAGGAGUAUAGGAAAAGAUUGCAGCAAAUGGUGGAGUUCUGGGCUUCUAAAGAGGUAUAUGAUGGAGAGACUAUAUCUUUACUGAAGGGUGAGAUGAUUGGUGGGCCACAAACAAAUUCUUUUUCUGGGGCUUCUAAGGAUUUAUCCUCUGCUUCUGCAGAUCCAGGUGCAGGAAUUUUGCAGACUCCCAAUCAUAUUGUCCAGCAGUGGCAAGCUGAUAGGCUGGGCUCUGGUUCAAGUGUCUUAGACCAAGAUCGUCCUGAUAAACAUGCAGCUCCAGGGCAGUCCAUGCCAGCAUCUCUGGCAGCUCAGCAAUUUCUUCCAAAUUCUGCUCCUCCCAGUGCCUUUCCAGGGUCCAUGACUAUACCAUCUUCUGUUCAACCUGCUAAUCAACAACCUGGUGCACAUUUAUUGCCCCCUCCAUCGUCCAGCACCAGUGAACAAUUGCCACCAUAUCCAUUGUUCCCACCCGGCCUCAUUCCUGGAAUGGUUAGAAAGAUGCAGAUUGGAAGUGGGGUCCCAUAUUCUCCUUUGAGCCCUUUAGACAUCCCAACUAUGAUACCACCAUCAACCGUGCCACCAUCAGAAAUUCUUCAAAGAGUUUCAAAGUUUUUUAAAGAAAUUGGAGAGGUAAAUCCUUCCGAGGGCCCUAUGAAUUCUGAUUCAAGAGAUGAAGAUGAUGAAUAUGAGAGGGAUCCUCCAGUACGAAAGGGAGGUGCUUGCAUACCUCCACCCCCAAACUUGCAGGUUGAUCCAGAGACGGGGACCUAUGCUGAUGGAAGUGUAGAUCGGAAACCAGGAUCAAGUGGCUCAGGAAGGUUGGGACUUGGGGCAACAGCCAAUCCCAAUGAGGUGAGUCAGUAUGAUGAUGUAUAUACAUCUUACAGGAAGCAGAGAAGCACCAAUUACCAUACAUCAAUGAGCGCUAGAGCGGCAGCGAGAUGAAAGCCUAUAGUUACCUUGUCAUCAAAAUUUCGGAUUGCUGGGUGUUAGACUAGGAUCUGUUAGCUUCGUCUUUGUUAAUGUUUCUCUGAAAAGGUGUAGUUAAACUGGUAUUUUUGUUUGUUAUGAGCUAAUGAUCCAAUGUGCCAAUUUUUCUGAGCAAUAGUUGUGGACUUCUGAUUGUCAUUAAAGUCUGGGGAGAACAACAAUAGAUAGGGAGGUUGGUAUCACUGACAUGUGAUUGCAUGUUAAGGAAAAUGUUGUGUAUAUAAAGCACUAAUGGCUUCCGAAAGCAUAUCCUCAUUGAAUUCGCCCUCAAAA